AUGGACGUCAAUUACUACGGGUUCACUAUUCAUUAUGUAGACAAAGAAUGGAAGUAUCGAUGUGUAGUCCUUGAUUUUAUACCAUCACGCGGUCGAUAUAAUGGGGAAGAUAUUGCAACGAUUUUCCACGAAUGUCUAUUGGAAUAUGACAUAAUUGAUAAAAUACAGGGUAUCACGGUCGACAACGCAAUUGCAAAUACCAAAUUUAUGUAUGAAUUGGAUAAACUGCUGCCACACUUUGAUUCGGACAAUCAACAUUUCCAGUGCCUUGGUCACAUUUUGGACCUUGAUGUACAAGGUUUAUUAAAGACCUUAGCAUUAUACAGUGAAACUGAUAAUAACGGACAAGAACAGCAGUAUGAAGACUAUGAAGACGAAACUGAGGAAGAUGAAGAAUAUGCGCCAAAUCUUGCUGACUCACCUAAAAUUUAUAACAAAAUUACGCGGUAUUUCCAGUAA